AUGCUCGAUUGCGCAAAGACGAAGGGUCCAUGUUCAGUGCAGCCAGUACCGAAGGAUCCUCCAUGUCCCCCGCCUCCUCGGCCCCCGUUCCCUUGGAUAUACGUGUGGGUGAUCACCUCGUUCUUUGCCACUAUGGGAGUGCUUUAUCGUUUGUUCUUAUGGAAAGAAGAGAUGGAGAGACUUAGUGAAAGUACACCUAUAUGGCGACCUCGUAAUAGGUUGAAACGGCCGUAUCACGAUAAAGACUUACCUGCUUGCGUCCAAUACUUGAUAGUAGGCACAGGCACCGCUGGCUGGGCGGCUUAUAGAUCCAUCAUGGAACAUGACAAGACUGCCAAGGUAUGUUAUACUUAUUUACAGUCUUAUUCCAUUAGGAUCAGCUCGCGUAGCAUGACGAACUCGAGAAUCUUUUUAUCUCACUCUCGCCCGAGAAAGUGACAUUUGGGUGAAGACAAAGCGUUUUUCAAGUUUGUCAUGGUGCACGUGCUGAAGUGCGGUUUUUUACCAGGCUAAACAUAGGAUACGGCAUUUUAGCGAUGUUGAGCCGGUAUUUAGUUCUAUGUCGCCGCUUUGACAUGCCUUUUAGUGGACAUAAUUUGUAAUAAAUAACUGAGAUGGUAACAACUCUAUCAAAUCUAUAUUAAAUAAGUCUUUAUCAAUCGUUCGUCGUUGUAGAAAGUACAUUUCAAAGUAGAAAAAUGAAUCUAUUUAUCGCUAUAUCAACAUGUCCUGUCCUAUAGUUGGAGUCAUGGCUUAUCAUUAUUUUCUAUUUAGUAAUUUAAAUACUUUACACUUAGAAAACGACAAUUAUAGCCAUUAAAUGAUUCACAUUAAGUUCCUGAAAUAAUAAAAAAGGUUCAGGACAUUUUUAACCGACUUGAAAAUCAAAAAGGGUUCGACGGGUAUGGAUUAUUUUCUAU